CCUAGACGGUUAAACCCUCUCCCUCUUCCCCUCCUCCGCAAGACCCACAAGCGUCCACCCGCCGCCGCCGCCACCGCAACAGCUCCGUCCGGCUCAAGCCACCCGGCCAUGGCGAAGAAGAGGAAGCGCAGCUCCGAUGCACCCGCCGCCGCGGCCGUAGAGAAGCCCGACGACUCUGCGCCGGAGCGGCCGGCGCGCACGCUCUUCGGGUUCAAGGACAAGCCGGACUCCGCCGCCGUCGAGCCUGCUUCCAGGGACGGCGCGCCGUUCCGGAACAAGGAGAAGGUGCUCGUCACCUGCUCCCGCCGCAUCAUCUACAGGUACCGGCAUCUGAUGCAGAACGUGGUGUCGCUGCUGCCGCACGCCAAGAAGGACAGCAAGGUCGAGUCCAAGCAGAGCAAGGGCGGCCAGCUCAACGAGCUCGUCGAGCUCAGGAGCUGCUCCAGCUGCCUCUUCUUCGAGUGCAGAAAACAGAAAGAUCUUUACCUGUGGAUGGUCAAGUCUCCCGCGGGGCCAUCUGUGAAGUUUCUAGUCAACGCUGUUCACACUAUGGAGGAACUGAAGCUCACUGGCAACCAUCUGAAAGGGUCACGUCCCCUGCUUACAUUUUCUUCGAAUUUUGACCAGCAGCCUCACUGGAAGCUCUUAAAGGAAAUGAUAACUCAAAUUUUCGCUACUCCAAAAGAUCAUCGAAAGGCAAAACCUUUUCAUGAUCAUGUGUUUGUCUUCUCCAUUGUGGAUGACCACAUUUGGUUCAGAAAUUACCAGAUUUCUGUUCCCCACAAUGAGAUUGACAAAGUUGAUAAAGGAGGCCUGGACAAAAUGACACUUGUUGAGGUUGGCCCCAGGUUCUGUUUGAAUCCGAUCAAAAUAUUUGGUGGUAGUUUUGGUGGCCCCACAUUGUACGAGAACCCGUUCUACGUGUCUCCUAAUCAGAUCCGGGCACUAGAGAAGCGGAAGAAGGCAGGGAAGUAUGCCCACAAGGUGAAGGCCAAGGUGAGGCGGAGGGAGCAUGAGAAGGUGCACCACCUGGAACCCGAUGAGUUUGCUGAUAUUUGGAAAGGGGAAGACUAGCGCAGAUGCAACGAUUGAACCGAUGGACUCGUCGAACAAAGGAUUGUACUACUCGCUCUGGCUAUCAUCAAGCAGUGAAUUUUGGGUACCGUUCUGUGGUAGUUCUUGUAUGACAAAGCAUGUGCUUGCUAUUAUUUACAUAAACAACUGGAUUUUGGUGUUA